AUGAGUUCUUGCACAUUUGACUUCAUGGUUGAAGAAUUAGGAUGUACAGUUCCUGAAUCAGAUGAUUCUACAAUUAAAGGUUCUUCACCAAACAGUACAUAUUAUGUUUCAAAUAAGUUGCAAAAGAUCUGUAAACAGGGCUAUGAUUUGCAACCAGGAUAUCCUUAUGACUUUGCGCGUGUUAAAUGUGUAGAAAUAAUACCUGGAUAUCCAGAGUGGAAAGAUUGGUACAGUCGGAAUUGUUCAAAAAAUGAAAUACCUAAAAUCUGUGGGAGAGAAGUAAAACUUGAUGGAAAAGAAACAAACGCUGUCUACUUCACCUAUAACCCUGUGGCAUGGAAAGGCUUGAUUGAACAGAAUAUAACUUCUUGCAAGUUUGGGGCUCUUUUGGAUGUUAAAAACCCAUCAAUGUAUGAUCUGGAAAUAACAUUCCAUACAGACACAUCUUCACAUCUUACUGCGGACAAAUGUUUCUUUGAAAUCUUAUUAUUUGCUGGUAAUUCUACACUUAGUACUCCAAUAAAGAAGUUUGAUUGCACCAUUAAGGGAUCUGUAAAAAUAAAAUGGCCAACACUUUAUUUUACAUUAGUGUUCCGAGUUUUUGACAGUUUCAAGUCCCAACAACAUACAGAUUUGACUGGGAAUGGAACAAUACUUUUCACAAUGACAGAAUGUUCUAACUGUGCUCUUUCGGAUUUAACAGGACUUAAUCUUAUAGAAUCACAAAUACCAAUUUUCAAAUUUUACCCUUUCCGUCCGUGUAGAAUGGAUGGUUGUUUGGAAGACUCACUUCAAAUGUUUAAACUAAAGGGUGCACCGAACACCUGGGACGAACUAUCUGAAUUAAAAGGACAAAAAGCAUGCACUGCUAACAUAGAAGUUCAAAGUAAUACUAAGACGAUAUGUUUCAAACAAGUUUAUCAGAAGAGAAAUUACGAUUGUAGACAAUAUGUUGACAUGUACCUGAACAUAUUUAUACAUUUGGAUUCUUUUUUCACUUUGGUUAUUAAAUGUGAUGACCUUCAGGGUUGGUGGUGUUUACCCCAGGAUUUACCAAAAUUUGAAAAUCUGACGAUAACAUGGGAUGUAGGACGUCUCUUUGAUGUGGAAACAGAUGAGUUUUGGGUACUUUCUGCAUCCACAGGCAAUAAUAACCAAGCAUGCUCACAGCCUAUUAUUUACACAACACCAACACCAGGUAAUUUAUCAUAG